CGCUUGACAUGAAAUGUUUUCUUUUGUAGUACGCGUAGCCUCCCUCUUCUCACCUCCAAACAUAGCCUGCCCACAAAACGCAUCCAUCCCUCUCGCUUAUAUAUAGACCCCACCUCUCCUCCCCUCACCCCCACCGUCCCACCUCCCUCUCUCUCGCUCCUGCCGUGCUUUCUCUCUCUAACUACAAGCGUGCCUGCCGGCCAUGGGGUUCCCGUCAGUGUGCUACUGCGUCAUCCUGCCGCAGCCGCUCAUCCUGGUGCUGCAGCUGCUCGACUUCCUCCGCCACGCGGUCCUGUUCUGCCUCUCCUCGCUCGGCCUCGCGGCGCCGCCGGCGGCCGACGACCACCCGGCCUACGCGCCGCCGCCGGACCUCUGGGCCUUGGCGGAGGCGGCGGCGCCCUCGUCCUCUUUAUCCCUGGCGUCCGGGCCGGCGCCCGCGCCGGCGGCCAUCAAGGCGCGCCUCCCCGCCGUCCGGUACGCCGACCUCAAGAGCCGCCGCUGCGCCGCCGGGGCCGCGGCGGCGUCGACCUGCUGCGCCGUGUGCCUGGGCGCGCUCGAGGCGCGGCACCGCGUCCGCGAGCUUGGCAACUGCGCGCACGCCUUCCACAAGGCCUGCAUAGACAAGUGGGUCGACAAGGGUCAGGCCACUUGCCCCCUCUGCCGCGCGCUCCUCCUCCCCGCCGACGCCGACGCUGGCAAGCUGCCCUCUUUUUCCUUCUGACCUCACGCUCCAAGGAGCAACCCUGCUGCCGCUGCAGCCUCGCCGCCAGAGAUAGGUCAGUCCGUAUAGCUAGCUAGCUAGGCCCUUCUCCAUCCAUCCGCCCAUCUGUCCACAGAUCCAUGCUUUCAUGAGAGAAAUCAAAAGGGGGUGAGAGAGAGAGAGAGACAGAGCGAGAAGAAGAGGUGUGCGUGCGUGUGUGUACGUUUGUGUGGUGGAGUAUUAUUGGUAGGUGAGGCACUAAUUAUGAGGAGGACAGGGAUGGCUACCUGCAUUGGAUCUGGUGAACGAGCACUAUGCAUAGCACUUGCAGAUCCAUAUGCUCUUCUCUCUCUCUUUUUCAGCUCCUCUUCAACCUCACCCACUUCACUUUUUUAAUCUUCUUUUUUGUAAUUUCCUUCCUCUUCUCCUUUUCUUUUCUCCUUUUCUAUUAAAUUAUUUUGUGAGGGGAAUUAAGAGAGAGACAUCAAGAAAGAGAGAUGUACAUAGCUGCCUCCACUUGACAAUAUCGAAGAAUGAAUAAGAAUUGUCUCACAUCACUCAA